CCCUCACCCAUGGGCAAGCCCCAGACUUGUGAGGUUGCGGACGAACAACGGCCUGUAAGAGGCGUCUAUGAAAGCCUCAGAAUGGAAAUCCUCAAAGUGAAAAUGAUUUGUGAUGCAUGAAAUGCGACGCAGAAAAGACUGUAUUGCAGAGGACGCAACGCAGGCCGACUAUUGUCCUGCUAGGGGUGAAGAAUUGGAGUGCUGCUUAGCACGACAGAAGGGCACCCCCUUGCCUUAACCUGCAUGACAGACAUGCUUUAAGUGCCCAGUAAAUUUGUCAUGCGCCGACUACAAAUGCCGCUUCAACUGGAGUCGUUUUUUUGCAUUACAAAUUAUUUCCACGUUGAGGAUUUCCAACCUGAGGCUUUCAUAGCGUCUCGACAACUACGGGUGCUGGUGCUCACAAGGACCACGAGCAUCUUCAAAGAGCCGAGUUCUGCACCAAGCGAGAUAGAAAUCCGCCGGAGAUGUUGAAGAAAAACGGUGAAAGUAUUACGCAACUGAUUCUGGGCCACUACACCGAGGGUAGCUCUCGUCGUCCACAGGAAAAUAAAGCGGGUCGUGGCGACCACUUCUUGCAGCAGAAAGAAAAUGAAAAUGAUGGAAAGGAGCAGGUGCAUGACCGUGCAUUACUGGAUGAAAACCAUGGCAGUACCAGCACUUCUAAGUGUGGCGAUGAGCAAGAACCCGUUAUGGCGCACACGGCUGUGACUUCUUUUCUGCCAGCGCCCGGGGCGGAAGCGUCUUCGUGGUUAUGUGCCGCCACAGAAGAUG